GGAAAGAUAACGCAUUGAAUUACCACAUGAUAAAAGUAAAUAAAUAAUUUAUAUUUUUAUUUGAGGGAAGUUAUGACAUCUGUAGAUUAAAGUUUGAAGAGUUGAUGACUUUAGCCUAACCCUGAAAAUGUCCUGACAUGGCUACAACAGUUCAACGGAAGACUAGACAAUUAUCGUCUAGCGACCUUAGAAAUUUGGUACACUACAAUUCUGAAAGACCAAAGUCCACGCCUAUUGAAAUAGACAAUCAGGAUGACGAGUCUACGUUUUCACGGUAUGCCAGACCUGCUUCUGUCGUACCACAACUUUCCCAUAGUAAUGAUUUAAAAAAUGAAAAACCAGCAACCAUUGUAGAAACAACACCAUUACUCACAGAAAGAAGAGAGUCAAACCUCACAAGUUCUGUAGAAAGUAUUGAUAGUGUUUUUUCAUGGACUAAUUGUAAAGAAAAAGGCAAAGGAUAUUUUAGUUUUAAAAACAAAUUUGAAGUUCUGAACCACCUGAAAAUUGUUGUGUUAUUAGCUGUUGCAAUUGCUUGUUUUAUCGGAAUUAUAAUCAAAGAUGAGAAAGACGAAGAGUGGCAUCUUAUAUCGGUCGACAAUGCACAUUUAACUUAUGAAGACCUUCAUAUUCAUGACAUAAACAAUGUGACAGUUAAGAUAAAGGGUCCGUUCAAACAAGGAAACACAAGUGCGUCACCAGUACCAAUUCUACGUGUUAAUCUUUCAGAGACUAUAGAGCCAAAUCAGAGUUCCCAAGAUCUGACUUUCAUUUUGAAGAACAUGGACAAGAACUUCUAUGAUGAAAAUGAUCUGACUGUAUAUCAACAUGACUUUAAAGUUAGAACAAGAAAUAGUAGCUUGUUGUUUGAGACCAACUCAAAUCACAGUAUACCGUUGUACUAUAGCGUACAUGAACACGACCAACGAGUUAUCCUUGCAGUCUUAGUGUUAGUUGGGGUUUACAUUCUUAUCAUAUUUGAUUUAGUACACAGAGCCAUGGCAGCUCUUAUUGGUUCCCUUGCGGCUAUUGCAGUGCUUUCUCAUUACGGAGAGAGACCCGAUUUAAACACUAUUAUCAGCUGGAUUGAUAUGGAAACAUUAAUGUUGCUGUUUGGUAUGAUGAUACUUGUGUCAAUAUUCUCUGAAACUGGCUUUUUUGAUUUCUUCGCCCUAAAAGCAUACAAAACUGCAAAGGGGAAAAUAUGGCCACUUAUUACUUUGUUGUGUGCAUUCAGUGCCAUAGUAUCUGCUUUCCUUGACAAUGUCACAACUAUUUUACUGUUGACACCAGUUACGAUACGAUUAUGUGAAGUAUUAAAUCUAGAUCCUAAGAAGAUUUUGAUAGCUGAGGUACUUUUCUCAAAUAUAGGUGGCACAGCAACAGGUAUAGGAGAUCCACCAAAUGUCAUCAUAGUCUCAACUCCAGACUUCAAACCAUAUAAGGAUACAGAUUUUAGUAUGUUCACAUUGAACAUGUUCCCUGGAAUAGUUCUAGUUUCCUUUGUUGGUUACGGCGUCAUGAGAUUGUUUUAUACCAAAAUGGAUUCACUUGAAAAUCCAGAACCAAUUGAUGUUGCAGAAAUGAGACACGAAAUAAAUGUAUGGAGAAGAGCAGCAGCCCGUGUCAAUAUUGCCUCUAGAGAGGAGAGCAUUAUGAAAGCACUGUUUCUACAAAAAGCCACAGAGAAAGAAAAUGCAUUAAUACGACUAAUGUAUAAUAUGAGAAAUACAAAACAGACCAAUUUUGAACAAAAUGUUGCAGAAUUAGAGAGAAAGUAUUACAUAACGGAUCAUUGGUUACUAGUUAAAUGUACAAUUGUCCUGUUUGUGGUCAUUAUCUUCUUUUUCCUUCAUUCGUUCAUAACUGGUGUUUACGUUAGUCUUGGUUGGAUUGCUGUGGUUGGAGCUAUUAUUCUAAUGAUCCUCGCAGACAUUAAGGAAUUAGAGAAUAUAUUCCACAGAGUUGAAUGGGCAACGCUUAUUUUUUUUGCUGCUCUUUUUGUUCUCAUGGAAGCAUUGAAAGAAUUAGGUUUGAUCGAUGAAAUCGGCAAAGCAGUUGGAGAAAUAAUUGGUAAUGCUGGUGAUAAAAAGUUAUUGGUUGCAGUUUUGCUAAUACUAUGGGUAUCUGCAUUCGCCUCAAGUUUUAUAGACAACAUUCCAUAUACAACAGCAAUGAUACCAGUAUUAGUUCAGCUUACAGAAAAUGAACAGGUUCCUAUACUUCCCAUGAUAUUAGCUUUGGCAUUUGGUGCUUGUCUAGGAGGAAAUGGUACAUUAAUUGGAGCUUCUGCCAAUGUUGUAUGUGCAGGAAUAGCAGACCAACAUGGAUAUGGAUUCUCUUUCUGGGAAUUUUUCAAGGUUGGAUUUCCGAUGAUGGUUGUAUCAAAUAUUGUAGCAAUGGGAUAUCUACUCCUUUUCCAUGUAGCGAUCGAAUGGCACCCAAGUGUUCAAGAUCAAUUAAAAUAACAGUAUUUUCUAUUUACAUUAUCAAAAUGAAUGUCGACAUAUCAAUUUAAUAGCUGAAAACAUUGUUGUCACACAAAAACUAUGUUAAUAUAUAGGACAAUUCGUAUUAGAAUCACUACUCUGAUUAUUGUGCAUUUUGAGUGAAAAGUUUUCUGUGGCUUGAACAAUAGUUACAAGUUUAAUCGUUGAAUUAAUGUAGUUUUCGAAUUUACCAAACAUUGUCAUGGCUUAUAAUACGUAAGCCUUUAUAAAAACCAUACAAAAGUUAUUUAUAGCUCACUUGUCAUGGGUUUUUUUCUCUCACUUUGUCAAUCUAUGACUGCGUUUGAAGUUUUACUUCGAUUUAUUUGCAUAUAAUGAACAAAUGAGCGAUUACGUAAAUUGGUUAACUAUUUUUUACCAAAGUUUCACAUGCAUCAUUGUGAGACUCAAUAUAAAUAAAACAUUGUUAAACAUCUUAACGAAUGUUGUUCUUAACUUUGAAGAAAAAACUAUGACUUACAAAGGUAGCAUGUGACUUGAUUAAUUAUGUCUAUAUAUAUAUACCUAUAACAGUGGAAAUAAUAACUACUAGUAAUGUAUUUUCGUAUUGCAAUAUACUUGACAAUGUGAUAUAAAAUAGUGCUAUUUAUUAUGUUUUUGUUUUUGUUACUUUUUUGUUUUCUUAUGUUAUUAUUACUUUGAGAUUAAAAUGUAAUUCGUUCAAGGAUCCAUAUGACAACAAAGUUCAUCUGUCUCAAUUUCAUUAAUUUAUCGGUUGAUAUUCAUGCUAAUAUUGACACGAUACUACUAUAAAUAUUUAGAAAUUUUGAUUUUGAUGUU